AAUUAGUACUCCAGUCAAACGACGGUGCCAGCGACGGCGCCAUCUCUACCUCGGUUCCGCGCGAGAUUCCGGGAUGUCCAUGUUUUGGACCAGAUUACAGAUAUUGAGACAAUGGUGUCGGUAUGUGCUGGGUUGGUCACCGUCGACGGCAACAGUGGCAUAAUCCGGCUGGUACACUACACAACACAAGAGUACUUUGAACGGACGCGGGGUCGAUGGUUGCCGGAUGCUGAAUCUUACAUCACGAAAGUUUGUGUCACCUACCUGUCUUUCAUGUCCUUUCGUCAGAUUCGCCUGGGCUGCUUGACAGCUGAGGAUUUCCUUUUCAGGCGGGAAGCUCUGGGCGGAAACUGGAAUACACUCGACGUCUAUGUGACACUAAACUGGGGCCACCACGCUCGGGAAAUCUCGACUAUCUGCGACGAGGUGAUGCAAUUCCUGCGCGACAAAUCAGCAGUCAGAGCAGCAAGCGAUCUGAUGGCAUUCACCCUGUGGGAAACUGUCGUCAGGCGGUGGGUAACUGGGGAUCUCCCCCCUAACAAGGGGGUUUUCGACGAUGCUGCUCGGCUUUUUUUGGACUUGACGCCGCUAUCGCUCAACUGCUAAAGGAAAACCAUGGCAGCGACAUACCGGACAGCAAUGGUCGCACGCCACUGAGCUAUGC